UCCAGUUCUUCCCGACAUCCUCUGCGCGGGAGGCGGUAUGAUUGGCUAAUACAUCUCCAGGUGGGUCCUUUUGGCCGUUCUUUCGCUGCUCGGCCAUGGCCGGCUUGGGACCGCUGUGGUUCGUCCCUGCUCUGCUCCUGUUGAGCGGAGUGCGAGCUGAAACAUGCACAGAACCAGUCAUCUCACCAUCCUACUACACUACCUCAGACGCAGUUAUCUCUUCUGAGACGGUCUUUGUUGUUGAGAUCUCCCUUACUUGUAAGAACGGAGCUCAAAAUGUGGCACUCUAUGCAGAUGUCAAUGGCAAACAGUUUCCUGUCACUCGGGGCCAGGAUGUUGGUCGCUAUCAGGUCUCUUGGAGUAUGGAGCACAAGCUGGCCCGCUCUGGAACCUAUGAAGUGAAAUUCUUCGAUGAGGAAUCUUACAGUAUCUUGCGUAAGGCUCAACGCAACAACGAGGACGUCUCUGAUAUCAAGCCCUUGUUUACAGUCAGUGUGGAUCAUCGAGGUGCCUGGAGCGGACCAUGGGUUUCCACUGAGGUGCUGGCAGCCUUCAUUGGUCUCCUAGUAUAUUACAUGGCCUUCACUGCCAAGAGCAACAUCCAAGCAUAAGUCAUUUCAGUAAACCCUUCAUGCCAAC